AUGAAUUCUCGCCUCAUGUUCGCGCUCUGUAGAAGCUGCUGCGCCGAGUCGAUAAAGGGCGACUGCCCUCACGAAGACGUAGAAGAUCGCGCAUUCUCAGGUACGUGGGUGGCUGAUGAAUUACGUAAGGCCAUUCAAAAAGGUUACAAAAUUUUGAAUUUGUACGUUGUGUGGCAGUAUGAAAUUAUUCAAUACGAUAAAAGUAAAAAUUCAAAGGGCCUUUUUACAGAGUACAUCGAUACGUUUUUAAAAUUUAAACAAGAGGCGAGCGGCUGGCCCGCGUGGUGCGAGAGCGAAAACGACAAAAUUCGAUAUAUUUCCGAGUACAAGGCUGCCGAAAAUAUUUCUCUGGACCCUGAUAAGGUCGCAAAGAAUCCAGCCCUUCGCGCUUUCUCUAAAUUAGCUCUCGUAUCAUUUUGGGGAAAGUUCUCACAACGACCUUGUUUAUUAAGUACCACCCUUAUAAAGACUCGCAAAGAUUUGCUCGAGUUAUUAACGAGUCCUGACAAAGAGACGCACGACAUCGUUUUACUUUCGGACGAGACGAUAUACGCGCAGUGGAAGUACAAGGAAGAGGCCGAAAACGCGACCUGUUAUACAAAUGUAGUAAUUGCUGCUUAUACCACAGCUCAAGCACGAUUGGUUCUUUAUGAAUAUUUGGAAAAGUUGGAUAGACGCGUUCUGUAUUGCGAUACUGACUCUGUAAUUUAUACCUCUGCAGCGGGCGAAUACGAACCUCCCCUCGGUACAGCUCUUGGCGCGAUGACCGAUGAGCUAGAAUCGUACGGUAAAGAUACGUAUAUUCGAUCGUUCGUCUCAGGUGGGCCAAAAUUUUACGCGUACGAGGCCGUUACACCCUGUACGGGAGAGCUUCAUCGUUGUUGCAAAAUUAAAGGAAUCAGUCUCAAUCACGAAAAUUCUAAAAAAAUUAAUUACGAGAGCGUUAAACGAAUGAUUCUCAGGAUGUACGACGACGAGUGCGAGGACAAUAGCAUAACCGUUGACUUUAGAGCUAUAAGACGUACAAAGACUCACGAUAUUGUAUCUAGAGACGAAAGUAAACGAUGUUGUCCUGUGUUAAAAAAAAGGCGCUUCAUCGAUAGCGCGCUUUCGUUGCCUUUUGGUUUCAAAGACUCUCUGUAA